AUGGAACUAAUGGGAUGUUUGUGUUUGUGCUUCCAGGAGCAAAUACGUGAUAUGCUCGAAUCGCGCAUUUCCAACGAUACAUCGGUUAAUUCAACCAUUCCACAACAGGAUCGAUCUGGUUACAUUACGGAUGCUUCAUCAGCUACUUGGCAAUUCUCAUCCCAUUCAUUUUCACCUCGUUCUGUUGUUUCGGUAAAUGGUGGCGCCAAGGAUGGUUUGUUGAAAGUGCGCACCGAUCUAUCCCCAGGCCUCUGGCGUACCCUUUCCCGCUCCAAUGCUGCCGUGCAAACUGCACACAUUGAGAGUGAGAAACAGCAUUGGCCCUAUAUGCCGGCACGUUUGGGCCCCGUAACGGAUUCAGCGCAGUCCACGAUGACUCGUGAAUUCAAUGAGAAUUUCGAGAGACGCAUCGAACGGUACGCUUCGUUGCCGACACUGGAGAGUGAUACACGUGGAACAUUGAUUAAGAUUAAGGAUGAUAAGCCCCGUGGUAUUAUGAAACGUCGUGAGUUGGAAACUAAGGAUCAGAUGAUGUAUGCAGAAGAACCACGACAUGUAGCUCAAACUGAUCGUUGGGAUGAACGGCGAAUUAUUGCAGCGAAGCCAAAAAUAACGGAAACAGUACAAAGAGUGGAGGAGCAUAAACGGAUUGAAGAAAUUGAAAGACGAGUACAACGGAAAGAGAAGAAAGAAAAGAAGCAUCGCAGCUCACAUCGAACUUAUCAUCAUCGUGGCGGUAAUCGUGAAGCUUACACACAUAAUGGGUACAGUGAUGAAGGUUAUCGUAGCAAUUCCUUAUCACGACAGAAUGGUUAUUUACCUGGACAUGAAAGCUAUAUGCGAUCUGUAACGACGCGUCGUGAAAAGGAUAGGCGUUAUUACGAUGACGGACGUUUGAUAACAGGUGGGAAUUUUUCCAAUGGACGUUACGGUUCAUCAUUAUCUGAUAGCUUGAGGCGUGGAGAGUUGCGAUAUAAUCCGAACGGUGAUAUUCGAGAAGUGCAUCAUAAUUCGUCUGGUCGUAAUGGGCGCAUUCACAAAAGCUUUUCUACUCGUGAUGUAUACGAUUCGGGUUUGGGUGUCAACUACGAUGGUGAUUAUUAUCGUUCGUCAUCCCAUCGUCGUGGUAGUCAACAGAGUGGCGCUCCAUUUGUGGAAUUUCCACCAACUUUACCUCGUGAUUGUGAUGCACCGAUACCUCCACCACAUCGUACCAGAGCGCCAUCUGAUGACUUCUACAGGCCAAUCAUUAAGAGUCGAAGUUAUGCAGAUUGGGACGAAGGACGUGGUUUUACACAAUCUAUCAGACGACGUAAUGAAGAUAUGGCUCGGUUGGAGAAUGAAUUUCGUGAUUCACUACUAAUGCCAUUACCAAAUAUGAUGAAUAAUGGUGGUAAUAUGUAUGAACGUGAUCAUCGUCAUGAGCAAAUACCCGGUGGUUAUGAGACUUAUGAUCGAGAAGUUAAGAGUAGUAGCGGUCGGCGUAUCAAUAAAGAUGGAAAUCCCACUGAGUAUAAGGAACAAUCACAAGAAUGUAGUUAUAAACGUGAAACAGAAUCGGAUCGUAGACGUUGA